AUGCAAAACAACCUAUAUGUCCUUGAUAUCAGUGAAAAGAAAGUGGACUGUCAUGAUGUUAAUGCUGCUACCAAUGAGCAUCUGGAGGAUUUAUGGCAUCAGAGAUAUGAACAUUUGAGUGUGAAGAAUUUACGAUUGUUGCGAGAUCAGAAAUUAGUGACUGGAUUGGACUUCCAAUCUACUAAAGAAUCUGACUUUUGUGAGGGUUGUGCACAAGGUAAACAAAAGAGAGCACCAUUUCCUAAAGAACAAGCAACUCGAGCCAGUGAAAUUCUCGGAAUUAUUCACAGUGAUGUUUGUGGACCAAUGCAAGAGAACAGUCUCGGUGGUAAUAAAUACUUUGUGACUUUUAUUGAUGAUAAAUCGAGAUUCACAGCAGUUUAUUUCAUGAAAACCAAGGAUCAACUACUUGAUAAAUUUAAAGAAUACGAAGCAAUGGUCACUAAUAUCACAGGAAAGAAAAUCAUGAUUCUUCGAUCCGAUAAUGGCGGUGAGUACACCUCUAAAGAAUUUGUUAAUUACCUUAAAGAGAAGGGAAUCCAGCACCAACUUAGUGUACCUAGAACUCCCCAGCAGAAUGGAGUGGCAGAAAGGAUGAAUAGAACUAUUCAGGAAACUGCACGAUCUAUGAUACAUAAUGCUGGACUGGAUACGAAAUUUUGGGCUGAAGCAGUAUGCACAGCAGUUACUGUUAGACAUCGUUGUCCUACAGUAGCAGUGAACAAUAUGACCCUAUAUGAAUGCUUUAAUGGUAAUAUAACAAACGUACUUCAUCGAACCUGCAAGUACGUUUGGUUUUUAUCCCAUACACCGAGCCAUACACACAUUUGUAGCUCUUCGCGAUAUAUUCGUCGAUGUUUUGUCAACAUUUUCCCGGCCAAAAAAAUCACUGGGCUCUUAACACUUCUUUAUCUACGUCAAGAUUACCUUUAUUGCAUUUUUUCUUUGGUUUUUCUUCAGUCUCAGUAUGUUAGUCACCGAAAAAAGUUCUUUAAAGUUAAGGUUUAUCGGCUAAAUCUUGUCCGCCAUAUUUGUUAGUGUUAUCGCAACGUGAGCAGUUUCGCGGGUGAGUUCGGCGAAAAGCGGGUGAGUUCGGGCAAAAAGCAGGUGAGCUCGACGACAAGCUCACCUGCUCUAAAGUAAACCAAUCAGAAAGCCGCUUUUAACACAGGUAUGGGAUAAGAAACCGGACGUGUCCACUUUUAAAGUGUUCGGAUGCAAAGCAUACAUGCAUGUUCCUAAAGAAACCAGAAAGAAAUGGGAUUAAAAGACCAAGAAAUGUAUAUUUGUUGGAUAUAGUAUUUCAAGUAAGGGAUAUAGACUUUAUGAUCCUAAGACUCGGAAAUUACACAUAUCCAGGGAUGUUUUAUUUGAUGAAGAUGAAUUUAUUCAACAGACGAAAUUUAUGCAAAUUGUAAACUUGAAUGAUUCCCUCCCUGAAGACCAAGAAGAACCACAAGAGAACAAACCAUCUUCCGAGCAUGUUAUUUCAGGGGAUCAAGACACAGUUGAUCAUGAUGAAGGUACUGAAGAACCGAGCAUCAGCAGAGAAACCGAAGUGGAGCAGCAACCACGACGUUCAACGCGCAAACGAGAACCACCAGAUAGACAUGCGCCCGUAUUCUAAAAGCUCACUCACACUCACACUCAAUGAGUGGAGGUUCAAUCCGAGCUUCUCUUUAGCGUCAAUGUUGCUUUUGAAUAGCUGGAGGGGUAGUGCCAUACGUUACUAUGUGACUGCUCACCCUCCAGCUAUUCAAAAGCAGCAUUGACACUCAAGAGAAGCUUAGAUUGAACCUCCACUCAUCGAGUGUGAGUGAGCUUUUAGAAUACGGGUGAUGGUGUAGUAAUCACUGGCAAUUGGUGGCAAAUUAAUGUUGCAUGUAUUAAUAGUGAGUGCAGUCCAGAAGAGCCUACAACUAAAAGGUGGACUUCAAUAAUUUGGAUUCUUGCACUACACUUGGUGGAAUUAAUAUUAGAAUGUUAGGGUUUGUAAUCCAAGUGAGAAUAUAUACAUUUUAAGACCUAACCAGGAACGACUGGGAAAAAUGCAGCACAAGGUCCUCUGGUAGGAAUUGAACCUACGGCCCAGCGAUUCCGGUGCAGCGCUCUAACCAACUGAGCUACAGAGGCCAGCUGUUGAGCUGUAACCGUAGGUUCGUAGGGCCGUAGGUUCAAAUCCUACCAGAGGACCUUGUGCUGCAUUUUUCCCAGUCGUUCCUGGUUAGGUCUUAAAAUGUAUAUAUUCUCACUUGGAUUACAAACCCUAACAUUCUAAUACAACUAUAUAAAGGGAAGCUCUAAAUUGUUCAGAUAAAGAACAAUGGAAACAAGCUCUGGACAAUGAAUAUUCAGCUCAUAUUAAGAACAAUACAUGGACAUUAGGGAAUCUGCCUGAGGGUCGUAAAGCUAUUGAUUGUCGAUGGGUAUUUAGAGUUAAAUACAACGCGGAUGGGUCUGUAGAGCGCCACAAAGCUCGUUAAGUUGCGAAAAGAAAACUCGCAAGAACCAGGAUUAGAUUAUGAUGAAACCUUUUCUCCUGUAGCGAAGUAUACAUCUAUUCGUUCACUAUUGGCAAUUGCUAACCAGUUAGAUUUAGAAGUACAUCAAAUGGACGUUUCUACAGCGUUCUUGAACGGUGAAUUGGAAGAAGAAAUAUACAUGAAGCAACCAGAAGGAUACGUGAAAGAAGGUCAGGAAGAUUAAGUUUGCAAAUUAAACAGGAGUAUCUACGGCUUCAAGCAGUCAUCAGGGUGUUGGUACAACACGAUUGAUCAAUUCUUAAAUAAUUCCAGCUAUGUACAAUCAAACUCGGACCCUUGUCUGUACAUAAAGCGAGAGGGAGAUGAUAUCAUGCUCAUAGCCUUGUGUACGUCGAUGACUUGAUACCAGCUAGUAAUAGUAAGAGAAUGCUUCAUAAAGAGAAAGAAGCAUUGAGAAAGCGUUCCGAAAUGAAAGAUCUCGGUGAAGUUCAUUAUUGCCUUGGUAUUCAAGUAGAACGAGAUAGAAACAAGAAACAAGAAACGAAUGAGAUUACAUCAAUCACAGUAUCUCACGAACUUGUUAAAGAAGUUUGGAAUGGAGAAGUGCAAACCAGCUGCAACGCCUGUUGAUCAAGGCACUAAAUUACUACCUAACGAUGGAGAACCAGUUGAGAAAACCAAGUAUCAAGCCUUAAUCGGAGGAUUAACUUAUGCGGUAACUGGUACUAGACCUGACCGCGCUUAAGCGUUAGGAUUAGUUAAUCAAUUUUGUUCCAACCCAGGAGUUGAACACUGGACAGCAGCUAAACGUAUUUUACGAUACAUCAAAGGAACACUUGAUUACGGAAUUACAUUCGAUGGAAACAAAGAAACUGAAGUACAGUUGAGUGGUUAUGUUGAUGCUGAUUGGGGAAGUAAUCCAAACGGACGGAAAUCGCAAUCAGGAUAUUUGUUUACACUGUGUGGAGGAGUAAUCAGUUGGGCUAGUAAGAAAUAAAGUGUUGUCGCACUUUCUUCAACUGAAGCGGAGUAUGUCGCUGCAUCGUUAGCGUGUCAGGAAGCAGUUUGGUUACGUGUGUUACUCGAAGAUAUCAGUUUUGUUCAAAACAAGCCAACGAUGAUCAAAGAGGAUAAUCAAGGUGCAAUAGCUUUGUCAAAGAAUCCUAAGUAUCAUCCCAGAAUAAAGUAUAUCGAUAUUAAAACACCAUUUCAUUCGUGACAAAGUUGCAAAGAAAGAAGUUGUUCUAGACUAUUGUCCUACGGAAGAAAUGUUAGCGGACUUGUUGACUAAACCAUUAGGAAAAACAAUGUUUCAACAUGUUAGAGAAGAACUUCAUGUGACGUCAUAUCGUAUGACAAAGUACUUUGAACUUUUAGGUCACGCCAUCCUUUUCAUAUACUGUUUUACCACAAGGUUUUACUGUUCUGCACGUUGUUGAUAUUAAAUGUAGUUUAUAAACUCAUAUACCCGUGGUUCACCGAAUGAUAUUCUAUAAUAAUAACAUGAUGAUCAACCAGAUGUAAAAUAAUAUACCGGGUGGGGCAAAAAAGGUACGACAGUUUGAUUUACUAUGACUUAAAAAGUAAAAGAGCUUUUACACUUAAAUAAGUCACCGUAUAUUCCACGAUGUUUAACUUAAAUUUUGAUAUAUGUCUUGUACCUUUUCAUGCAAUAUUGACAAAGAUAAGUAUUUAAACUUAAGCAAACAUUUUUGGAACCGCCGAGAAUUAGCUGAAAAGGCCCUAUUAAAACCAAUUGAAUAACCUUUACCAUUUUCUCGCGAUUAUUGUUUUUAAUUAGUGGGUUGGCUGGACGAGGUCAGUUGUUCUGGGCCCACACUUUGUUGAAUGAAAUCUCGACACGAGAGAGUACCUCCAAUUCGGAUUAGGACAAGUCUAUGUGCGAUUCAAAUAACUCCGGUUCUGAAGCACAAUUUGAGAGAGCUUCGUGGAGCGAUUGUUACAGAAUGCCGCAACUUGAAACAGCAAAUGAUCCAAAAUUCUUUCGACUGUAUGAUUUCACGGGCAAGACGUUGCAUUCGUGCUGGGGGACAUGCAUUUACUGAUGAAUGUAGACGAUUAUUUUUGAACCACAAGAGUGAACGUACUGACAAUAAAGUAUAAUGCGUCUUAACACAAUUCAUUGCAUGUUGUAUGUAUUAAUAUUUAACAAGCCAUUUUUAGCCAAUUUCGUCAGUUCCAAAAAUGUUUACUCCUGUUUAAAUGCAUGUAUCGUUGACAAUAUGGCAUGGAAAUGUGCAUGGCAUAUAUCAAAAUUUAAGUUGGAUAUCGCUGAAUGCCAAUAAACUUGUUUUAGUGUCAUUGCAAUUUUAGUUUUGAUUUUGCAGCAAUUCAAACAGUCGUACUUUUUUUUGCCCCACCCGCUAUGUGAAAAUUGACCCUGAGUUCGUACAAAGAUCUCGCGAUUAUUUUAAUCUGCACUAGCUGCCUAAAUCUUCAUGCAUCCUUAAAAAGUGCGACGGAACGGAUAAAUUUGGAAUGAAAUGGAAUUAGAAAUAGACUGCAGUUUUCAUUUAUUUAGAUAAAUAUAAAUAGACUGCAACUUCCUAUUAUUCAACCACCAUGUAUAGUAAUGUACGCACAUUUCUCAAGAGCUUCUAAAUAUUUCGUGAUUGAUAAACAAAUGCAUGUUUAUCACUUUCACCCACAAGAAAACUGUUCAAUAAACAGUGGCCAGGAAUGGGAAUUCUUGCCAAAAAUAAAAAUAGUAAGGCUUACAGAGCGCGUACUAACGUGUAGUAAAAAAUAUUCAAAAUAUUGUUCCUUUGUUGUGAAAGCAAAUGUUUAAAGAUGAGCUCAAGUCUGUUCUGCGCAUGUGCUAUGUGAGGGACCUUCUGCAUGAUGUUAACAAUACCCAAAUUUCGCGUUGUUUCGACAUCUUCUAAAUUGAAACUGCUAAUCUAUAUAUUUUUAAAAGCAUAUGGCGAACCAGAAUGAUGUUAAAUAUGAACCAAGUGAAUCAUAUUUUAUGAGUAUAGUGUCUUCAAAAACUAUACAUCCGCUCAACGACUUGACCGCUUCUUUAAAAAAUUAAUGUAAUUAUUUAUUAAUAUUAUGUACAGUGCAUGAGCUACAGGCAUAAAAUUAAACUUGGCUUUCAAGUAAGUAAUCAUCAGUCUGAACCAGUGCAUGAACUCAGAUAGAUCGAGUUCUGAACUCUGAAAAUUUGCUGAACACAAGAACAAAUAUAUCUUAGAUUGUGUUUUCUAUUAAUGUUAUGUUUUCUAAUAUAUACUAUAUAUAGUCAUCGCGCAAUGUUUAGCUAUUUUAUAAUUUGAUUGCGUGCAGUAUCUUACUUUAUUAUUUUUUAUACUUUUUGUUUUAUAUUUCACGUGCUUUUUCCGACCUUAAUAAUGUUUGUCGCGAAUAAAAUCUCUCUCAAUAUUUUCGACAUGCAGGAUAUACGUCAUGUUGGGUUUACUAAAAGGGGGCGACCAAGUACAAGAAGUUUGGGAUCCGACAUAG